AUGAAAGCGUCGGAAGAGGGGCGGCGACGAUGGCGCAAGAUGUUGGAGGAGAGCAGCAGGUCUCUGGAUUCCCUCCAUGAUCGAACGAGAAAGAUAUGGACCAUAGUGGGAGUCGGGGUCUUGUACCUUCUAUUCAAGCUCAGUCGAAGUAGUGGGAGAAGUGAAUUCGUGGGCAGGAUCGUGCUUAUUGGGACGAUCAUCCUUGUGUUCAACUUGAGCAAGAAAACUUCGAGCGGCAAGGGGAAGCCCCUUGCCUCCUCGCUCAUCCAGGAGAUGCAGGACUCAGCCAAGAAGAUUACGCAAGAGCUUCGAGACUCGUCGCCCGCUGCUAAACCAUGGCUGGCUGCUACAUCGAACCAACAAACGAUCGAGUGUUUGGAAAGGAAGGAACAAUUACUGGACGCCAAGAUGGAAGACAUGCGCAGACUGUUACGGAUAGACGCGCAACAGAUUGUCAGCUUCCGCGAUGACUUCACAAGCAAGCGCGAGCAAGAAAGACAAUCGUCAUCUACGGACACUGCCUGA